AUGGACGACUUCCAAGCCUUCGAAGACCUCACACCCGAGGCCGAGACCCCCUCUUCCUCAGUCUUCAUCCCCCCCUCAAUCAACCACACCUCCCUCCUCUCCGGCGCCUCCUACACCUACAUCUCUCCCAUCCCUUCCUCCCUCCUGCCGCCCUCAGGUUCCCCCUCCGGGACCCUUGGACCCCCCUGCGUCCUAGGCGUAGACGAAGCCGGCCGCGGCCCCGUCCUUGGGCCCAUGGUCUACGGCAUCUUCUUCCUGCCACUCGACCUCUCCGACUCUCUCCUCCGCGACACCCACCACUUCGACGACAGCAAAGUCCUCACGCCCGCGACCCGCUCCGCAUUAAUGCAAACCCUCUGUACCGAAGGCUCCGACCUACACACCUCCUGCGGCUGGGCCAUCACCGCUCUCUCCGCACGGGACAUCUCCUCUGGCAUGCUCCGCCCUUCGACAGCAGGAUAUAACCUCAAUGCGCAAGCCCAAGACGCGACUGUCGCGCUUAUCAAGAAAGUUUACGCCUCAGGCGUGAACGUCACAGAGAUAUACGUCGACACAAUCGGGCAUCCGGCGACGUACCAGGCGAAGCUGGAGAGGGUGUUCCCCGGGGUGAAGAUCACUGUCGCGAAGAAGGCGGAUAGCUUGUAUCCGUGUGUCAGUGCCGCGAGUGUGUGUGCUAAGGUGACGAGGGAUGCGGCGUUGGAGGUUUUGUGGGAGGCUGCCAAGGGGAGGGGGAGGACACCUAAAGGGGAGGAUGAGAUGGAUGUGGGUGAGAAGAGAGGUGAGAGCGAAGAGAGUGAGGGAAUGGCUUGGGGAUCAGGGUACCCCUCUGACGCGAGGUGUGUGUCCUGGCUGAAGGCGAAUAUGCAUCCCGUCUGGGGAUGGGGACCGGAAUGCCGUUUUAGCUGGGGAACGGCAAAAGACAUGUUGGAAGCACCCCCGACAAAAGGGGGCGGUGUUAAGGUCGACUGGCCUGUCGAUAAUGACGGCGACACACAUCGCUUGACGGACUUUUUCACAUCAAAACACCAAGAGCAGGAAGGAGACGAGCUAGGGAACUGGUUUGGUGCCCCAGCGGGCGUGGAAGCUUUUUAA